AUGACGUGCAAAGAAAAACCGUCGAAAAGUAUUUUAAAAUCUGAACAAGAAAAAGCAACUACACUUGGAACAUAUAAUAUUUAUACAAAACGUGCCAGUUUCAAAGAUGAUGUAAUUUUGCAACAAUUUAUACAAGACAAAUGUGAGCCAACUACACCUUGUGUAAUUGAAGCUAAACUACCUAUAGCUCCUGAUGUAACUGAAGAAGAAUUAACACCUGAAGAAAUAUCAAGACGUAAAGAAUUCAAACAAAAACGUCAUCUGGUAGACUUAGAAGGUGCUGAUGGAUUAAAUUUGAAAGCUAUUUUAGCACAUCGUGUCCCUUUACCUGGUGUGGAAGGUGACGAUGAAGCAGAAGUCGAAGCUGAGAAAAAUGUAGAAAGCGAUGAAGACCAUGACGAAAUCAAAGUUAACGAUCAACAAUUUCAUCGGACAAUUGAACAAAUUCCCAGUGGAUCUAUCUAUCCAACAAAUAAUGAUGAUUCAUUUUCACUACUGUCCAAAUCAUCAAAACACCAAACAGAUAUUGAAUGGAAUUUCUCUAAUAUGGAACAUGAAACAAUUAUUGAUACAUUGUCAAAUAAGAGAUCUGAUGAAUUGGAUAGUUGUUGUGAAACAACAAAUAUUUCAUAUACAGUUCCUAAUAUUGUGAACACAUUGUCAACUUCAACGACUACAACAGACACCGCCACAAAUGACAACAAUAAGAAUCAAUGA